AUGGCGGCCUCCCAUCCAUAUGGGGGCCGUUAUGAUGCCGACGCUGCCGUACAGCGACCAGAUGUCACCGAUAUUGUAGAAGGAAUAGUGAACAAGGGCAUAUGUGUACCGGAUGCAAAGGGGGUGACAUUCCUCCUUUUUGGAAGCCGCCAGAACUCUUGCAUUAUUAAUCCGGAAGUUUGUGAACCUCAAGGUGUAACCUUCUCUUUUUUCUGGAAGACUCAAGAGCGGCAGUCUAAGCCACCUCCAGCAUAUGGGGAUCAGGUACUUUCUAGUGGAUUUAAGGUCUACUUCAGCAAAAGUAAAGGCUCCGUAGAGCUGUUUAAUCGGCAGAUUUCAAAGAAGUGGAAGGCCAGCUUCAUCCCACCAGGCCCACACUGGACUCAUGUUUUGUUUACCUGGAAAUCUGAAGAUGGUUUAAAAGUCUAUGUCAAUGGGACUUUGAAUACCACCGAUCAAAAUGGAACAGUUUUCUAUAGCUAUGAUGACUCUAAUUCAAAUAUGUUGAUGGGAUCCGAAGGGGACCAGGCCAAACAUUAUGUCAAUGGGGCUUUUGAUGAAUUCAUCAUAUGGGAAAGAGUGCUUACACCCAAUGAAAUCGAACAGUAUUUUACUGCUGCUGUAG